CCUGAUUUAGUGACAUUCAUAGAACCAGUCCUCUGCUGUCACAGUAGUACUUCUCAGUUCUCACCAUUCAUCCUUAAACACAACCCAUUAUAUUAGACUCCUUUAGCACUGCACAGAUUUUAGUUUGGUUUUUCAUAUAGCAUGUUUGGUUUCACGCUCUAGAAUUCUUAGCUUCUUCUGUAUAAAAGUGUCUUGAAUUUUAUACAAAUUGUGAAACCAAACAUGCAGUUUUAAUCUUCUACUGAUAGAAGGAAAAUCAAGAAUUAGUUAGCAAUCCAAUAAUUGAUUGGUUGGUGAAUUCCCCAUGUCAUUCAUGAGUGCUGCCAGAUCCCAUGUAUGGACUACAUUCGUGCUUCUGAGGUUUUCUCCUCCACGUCAUUUCAGGGUUAUUAGAGGAAUGAAAAUGCUAGCCAUAAGCAACGAAGGAGACAUCAAAGUGAGCUUCAAGAAAGAAAUAAAUUUUAGUGAUUUCUACAAGCCUGAUCAGUUUCGUUAUGUUAGUCAUGUAGCUGCUGAAGAACCUACCAGCUUGAAGAAAAGGAAAGUGAGAAAUCUGAAGCUUCAAACCACUUUCUCUUUCAAAUAUCUGAUUUCAGAAGAUUCUAUAUCAAAAGAGGAGGUGAAAGACUUGAUUGACAGACAAAUGUUUUCCCAUAAGAGGGUUGUUGCUGCUGCAAUAAAGAUGCAAAAAGUUUACAGGAGUUACAGGAUUAGAAGAAAGCUGGCAGAUUGUGCAGUUAUUUGCGAGGAGCUAUGGUGGAAGGCUAAAGACUUCACUGCUUCUAAUGAGUGCCUUACAACACAUGUUGACUCUGAUAAAUCAAAAUCAACUGAGGUGGCUAGAGGUGUGUCCAAAGAUGAUAAGACACAGAAACUAGCCCUGAGGCAGAAAUUAGCUCUGAGACACUGGCUUGAAGCUAUUGAUCCCCGCCAUCGAUAUGGGCACAACCUGCAUUUCUACUAUGAAGUCUGGUUUGGUAGCCAGAGUUCUCAGCCUUUUUUCUACUGGCUGGAUCUUGGGGAUGGCAAAAAAGUAAAUCUCGAGAUAUGCGAAAGAGAGCAAUUGCAGAAGCAGCGCAUAAAGUACCUUGGCCCUGAGGAGAGGCAACCAUAUGAAGUGAUUGUAAAGGGAGGUAGGCUUGUUUACAGACAAAGCAAGAACCCUGUACACACCAACACUUCUGAGGGAUCUAAAUGGAUUUUUGUUCUCAGCCCAUCCCGAAUUCUGUAUGUUGCGGAGAAGGAAAAAGGCCAAUUUCAGCACUCUAGCUUUCUGGCUGGGGGUUCUACAAUUGCAUCUGGAAGAAUGGUGGUCAACAAUGGAGUACUUAAUGUUAUAUGGCCCUAUAGUGGUCAUUACCGUCCAACAGUGAAGAAUUUCAGGGAGUUCAUCUGCUUCUUGGAGGAGCACAAUGUUGAUAUGACAGAUGUAAAGAAGCAUCCUGUUGAUGAUGAUGUCCCACCUCCUAGACCAGUUGAUGAAGAGCUGCCAUUUGAAAACAUAGAAGGUAAUGGGGUUUCAAGUGACUCAGACACUCCCAAUAAUCACGGUCAAGAAAAUGUGGGUCAGGUUGCUACCAAUGUGGAAGCUUCACUUCAACAGAACAAGCCAUUGACAUGCAAAUGGACUACUGGUGUUGGUCCUAGGAUUGGUUAUGUGGGAGAGUAUCCAAAAGAAAUCCAGCUUCAAGCACUUGAACAACUCAAUCUACCACCAAUGGACAAUCAUGAAACAUCAUUUGCAGGAAAAACACCCAUUCCCUCUCCAAGGCCUAGUCCAAAAUUCUACUUGUCACCUAGGCUUGCCAACUUGGGACUUCCUAGCCCAAGAAUAUAUGCUUUUCCUUUUUAGGACCUCUGGAAUUGGGUUUGGAUUCUCUCCGCUGACAUGACCACCGGAGAGAAAUCACAACCAUUCAAAAUAGGUUGGGUAAAAAAUAAAAUAUAUUUUAGAUGGUUGACAUCUCUCUAGUAAUCAUAUCACCGGAGAAGAUCCUCACCCCUUUGGAUAGUAUGUGCUUAUGCACUGGUUUAGCUUUACAAAUUACUUACAGUUGAGCCACUAGUAAAAUAUAUAGGAACAUAAAGGUCAGUUAACCCAACAGUUAUUUUUUCAUUUGGGUUUUUCAUGGCCAAUUCUUUGCAUCAGUUAGUUUCUGCUGAGGCCUUUUUUCCCUGUCCCCUCAGAUGGUUAGUUGCUUGUCCAAUAGUUUUUCAGAGGGGGUUGGGGCAAUCAUCCAUUCUUGUGUUAUCAAUUUGUCAUGUAAGUUAAAUAAUAUUUAUAAAUACAAAUAUUCUUUUACCCCCUUC